CGUUUUAACAUUUUUUGUACCAACUACAUACAGGUGGUUUGAAUUGAAAUUAAUAAAACGGCUGUUUUCGGCUUGCCGUACGGCCGCUGUAGAGCAAAAUAAUGUGACAAAGGUAUUUCCAAUGUAGCUCCCGGUGUAGCUCUGUAUUUCCCGUAUUUUAAUGGUUGCGAUUGAUGAUGCAAUCUGUUGUCUUUUAGCUCGAACUCGAAUUGGAGAGCUAAAUUAAUAUAGUACAAGUUCAGUGCACAUCUUAGAGUAAGCCUAGUUAGGUCACAUAGUCCAUUCAAUGUAGUCAGUUUUCUGAACAAGUAGUUCGUGUUUCACAAGAGCAACUCUUGUUCAACAUUGCCGACGUUUGGUCGUACCAAGUUGAAAUCAUGACCUCCAAGAAGCGACUAUGUCUGGACGACUUUGAGAAAGACGCUGAAGGAUGCCUCGACCCUAUGCUGUGGAAUUUCUACAAGGGUGGGGCCGACGAGGAGGUCACUUUGCGGGACAGUCAUGCUGCUUAUUUGAGGUACCGUCUGAGGCCAAAGGUCCUACGUGACGUCUCCAGGAGGGACCUAUCAACAACCAUCUUGGGUCAUAAGGUCUCCUUCCCUUGCGGUAUCUCACCAACAGCCUUCCAUAAGGGAGCGCAUCCAGAUGGAGAGAUCGCUACUGCAAGAGCUGCCGCGUCCGCGGGUGUGUUCAUGUCCUUAAGCUGUGGAGCAAAUGUUCAGAUCGAGGACAUAGCUAAGGCAGCUCCCGGUGGUCUACGAAUGAUGCAAACCCUCAUCUACAAAAAUAAAAAUAUCACAGAACUGUUCUUGAGAAGGGCGGAGAAAGCGGGUUUUAACGCGUUGCUGGUGACCGUCGACUUCGCUACCUACGGUCAUCGCAGAAACGAAAAGGAUUUUGAUCUUUACGGAGUAGUGAGGACCAAUCCAGCUUACAAGAAAUUGAAAUGUGUUAACAUGGAAAUGAUAGGUAUUAAGGAAGAAGCUGAUCAGUUCAAGGCAGCGGGUGAUAAGCUUCUCUGGGACUAUAACGAUACCAGUGAUGAUUCAGCGACCUGGGACUAUAUCCGUAGACUCAAGAAGAUAUCAUCAAUCCCCAUUGUGGUCAAAGGCAUACUGACUGGAGAAAUGGCCCGGGAGGCUGUUGGGGCUGGUGUAGAUGGCAUCAUGGUAUCGGCCCACGGUGGACGACAGCUCGACACAGCCAUCGCGCCGUUGGAUGCCCUCCCCGAGGUUGUUGAGGCGGUCAAAGGUUCCAACGUUGAAGUCUAUGUCGACGGAGGAGUACGAACCGGUACAGACAUCAUCAAGGCUCUCGCCCUUGGUGCCCGGGCAGCGUUCAUUGGUCGACCCGUUAUCUAUGGACUAGCAUGCGGGGGUGAAGAAGGAGUGACAGAUGUCUUAGGCCUUCUGAAGAGUGAGUUUAGCAGAACCAUGGCAUUGACAGGAUGUGCAAGAAUAGAAGAUAUUGACAAAUCACUUGUGUCUCGCCAAUGGAUGUACUGUGACUCGAAGCUGUAAAUUGGGACCAUACUCAUUCUGAAUGUCGAAUUCUCCUUUAGUCCGAUGUAUUUCUCUUCCUUUCAAAUGCGGAACAGAACAAUAGUAUUUUAACUUCAGAAUACCCAUAGUGCCAUUGUCAGUUCGUGAGAUACCAAUGGAUAAAAACAGAAGAAAAAUACAUAAAAUAUAUUAAGAAAUAAUGAUAUAUGAUAUAAACAUUAAGAAAUUGAUAAUAAACUACUAAUCAUUCAAUCAUAUUCACGAAAGAAAAUGAAUCAUUGUUGCAAAUAAAUAAAUAAUUCAUAACCUUCAUUUAUUCCGAGUAAAUAAACAACAACAAAGUAAUAAAAUAUAACGGUGAAAUAUACAGUGAGUUUAUAUUAUAUAUUUGUAUUCUGUCUCUGAGUAAUGGAAGAAGGCAUUAUUCAUAAUAUAAACAAUAGAAAAUGCACUUUCUUGAAUCAUACAUGUGUCUAUAAAUUCUAAGUGCUUCUCAUUUAUAAAAACUUGGAAUUGUAUCAUUUUAGUAAACGACAAUCAUUCUUCUUUUAUGUAUCGAUUGGAAACGAAAAUAUUCUUUUUGAGUAUGCUAAACAUUCAUUUCAAUAAUCCAUAUAUAUAUCAUCUGACUUAUGCGAUUGUAAAAAUUAUAUAUCUAUUGUAAAUUAAAACAAGAUUAUUAAAGACUAGGUCCAUUGCUUGAAUAGCAUUGGGUAAAUAACUUUAUGCACAAGUUUUAUGGUGUCAUUGUCAGGAUAGUAACUUCCAUUUUGUACCAUUGUUAUGAAUGCUGAAAUUCCAGGAAAUAAUGUGGUGUAGCAAAUGUUGAUAUAAAAAUGUCAUGUUACACCAUUCUCUCAUUUUGAUUUUUUUUUAAGUGGAAAUAUAAAUAAUAAUUUGCAUUAAAUCUCCAUAUAAUUCCA